AUGGACAACGAGUUUUCCGCCUUCUACGAAGAACUGUACCAGAAGCCAUUGGCAGAACCUCAGAACGAACAAGACGCCCAAAACAUUCUCAGUUGUAUCCUAGCGCGACACGGUAAUCUCAACAGCGAAGAUGAGACUCUGCUGCAGGGAACUACCUCGAUCCUUCACAGAAAGGUGACUAUGAUCGCCCGCAAUUCACGCAAGAUUCUCGCCCAAUUCACCAAAGCAUUUUUCUUCGAACUCUUGCAGAACGCCGACGACGCUCAGUAUCGCUGGACAACCGAUGUGCCAGCGAUCCGCCUUACAGUGAACCCAACCGAGCUCAUCGUUGAUCUCAACGAAGACGGCUUUUCGUUGUCGGACAUUCUGUCCAUCUGCAGCACCGGUCAGAGCUCCAAAGCGCUCAAUGAAGAAUCCACGGGCGAGAAAGGCUUUGGGUUCAAAGCCGUCUUUGGCAUUGCCCAUCGAGUGCACAUCAAUUCCAGACUAUGGUCGUUUCGCUUCGAACAUCAGCGACACGAGGAUGGGAUUGGUAUGAUCUCGCCAAAGUGGGAACCAAGGGAAACACUGCCCACCAGCGUGCGCACGCGAUUCCGACUCGAAUACUCCUUGUCUGACCAGGGCAGCUUGUCCUCGCUGUGUGCGUGGCUCGAGGCACUGCCCGCGAGCAUGAUCUUUGCGCUGCGGAGAAUUAAGAGAAUCUCGAUCUGUUUCCAGAACACAGAGUGCAGAAACUAUUCGAUCAACUUCGAGAAGACGUCUGAGGACGCUUUCCAGACAACAAUUCGCUCUCAAGUAGGGGACAGGACCGAGCAACAUUUAUAUCGGACUUUUACAACGACGAAUCAUAACAUGCCAACACAAGCUGAACGUCCGUGGUCAGCGUCAACAGUCAAGAUUGGUCUCCCCGUGACUGGGGAGAAUCGCGACAUUCCACACUUAACCCCGGGUGGGCAGUACGUUCUGGCGUAUCUACCCGUUGUCCAAAUGCCGCAGCUGCCCUUCGUGAUACAAGCCGAUUUUAUUUUGACGGCCAGUCGUCAAGCCGUCAGUGAUAAUCCCUGGAACAGGGUGUUGAGAGAUUUGGUUGCUCGUCUGUUUGCUGGCGCUAUUGGUGUUGUUGCCGCUGAACGUAGCCAACUCGGAUUCAAAUGGCCGGUUUACGUUCCAGUCCAGCCACUUGGUGGCUUUUGGCAGCCAUUGCAAGGGCUCAUCACGACAUACCUGGCACCUUUGAAACUCUUCUACUCCAGAGAGGGAGACAUGUACCGGGCGUACGAGGUUCGAAUGGUCCCUUCUGACAUUGUGCAUGAUAACGAACCGUUGCUCCCAGCAACAAGCCAAAGAUGGUGGCGUUUUCUCUCAGCCGGGUACAAAGACUCGCCAACAUCGACGUUGAAUCUCCUGGGCGUCGGACAUGCUACAUAUGAGGAUGAGUUGGCCCUCUUAGAUGAUGCUAUUGCAUAUCCCAAUGCAUCGAAACUUCGAACUGUGCCACUACAGGACGCAUGGCACGAUUCCUUUCUGGACUUCAUCCGACGGGCCAUGGAAGUGAAUGGUGCAAGGUAUCAGGUCGAGAUCAAGAACAAGAGGAUAGUUCCUGUUCGCGUGCGAGGCGGCCUAGAGUGGUACACACCAAACCAAAUGAGCUAUUUCCCAAAUCUUGUGGAUGAAGGUGCCGGUAUCGACCGAGUCCAAAUUGAGAUGCCAGGCGGCCUUGACUUGGUUGUCCUCCAUCCGGACGCUGCGAGGAAUCCUGCCCGACACAUGGUGUACCAGUCGCUCGGAGUGGGCCACUGCCCGCCUGUUGAUUUAAACAGGGCUAUUCUGAGUUAUCAAUACAAGGCUGGAGAUAAGUUCGCCUCGGACUUACUCAGUUGUCUGCAGUUGCUGUUCUGGUUCUCGCACAUGUUUUUACCGUUUAGCGAGCCUCCGCGACUCGUGGCCCUAGCCGGCACUGGAGGAUACAAAUCAACCAGAGAAUUGUUCAUGCGUUCACAACAACCAUAUCAUGCAGAAUGCCUUCUGCGCUUGCAAGAGAACCCGCAACACGGCAACCAUUUUCUAGACGAAUCCUAUCAGGCAUCCCCAAUUGCUACGAGAUCUCGAAACAAUCUCACGUGGGAACAGUGGCUUUCCCAAGUGGCCGGUAUCAGGUGGUUUCCACCACUGAAUGACGGAGACAAGUUGCACUGGAUGAUCGAAACCAUUCGUACCGAGAAUCCGACCAUAUUUGUCCCUCUUCUCCAGCACUAUUGGCUGCAAGACUAUGCAAGUGUGUGCAGAUUCCACGGCAACAUCAAGGUCGCAUUGAUGAAGAGUCAGGUGCUCUGUCAGAAUGGAAAGUAUGAAGAGCUCUAUCGAACCUGGUUUCCAACCCGUUUCAUCGUCGAGUCUGUCCGGUAUUAUGGCAUUGACCCAGUCUUCUCAAUUCUCCAACUCCCAGAGUCCACCGAAGACUACGUAAUCUCACAAUGGUCAUCCUUGAGUGACUUGGGCGUCCGGUCAGACGCGAACCUGUCCUUUUACAAAGAGGCCUUGUCUCUCCUGUGCGCGACAGGCCAAACACCACUCGGUAGUGUUCAGGGGCUAAACUACUUGUAUCGGAAUAUGGGAGGCAGGACCACACUUGCAGAGCGACAAACUCUCAAGAAUGACUUUGUCGAGAAAACCUGGGUAUGGGAUCCAAUCGGCAGCAAAUGGCGCACUCUUGGUGAAUGCGUCUGGGAAAGUGCAAUCGAGCUGAAAUGCAAAUUUGCUCUGAUUCCAACGUACACAGCGUCCUUUGUUUCUGAAUUGUUUCAAACGUUGCUGGAAAUUGGGAACGUCACCGUGUCUUGCUUAGUCGAUGAACUCGAGUACAUGAAGAAGCAUUCUCCGACGGAAUUGGACGAGGAGAUUCUCGAUCGUGCUUCAGCCCUCUAUACCUUGCUCAAAGGUAUGGUUCAAGAUGACGCCCAUAGGAAAUGGAUUCGGUCGGCCUUCAAACAAAAUGAUCUCAUCUACAACAGGAGCAACGGUUCCUGGUUAAGGUCGAGCUUGUGCAUCUGGCACGCAACGAUAGACAUCGGAAACCAUGUGCCCAUCGCUACCAUGUACCCGGAGUUGCAGGAAUUCUUCGUGGACACUCUUGGUGUCAGCACCGUCACGAGUGGCUUCAUGAUGAAACAGUUGGCCGCCGCCGCCACCCGGCCACAGAAAGAUGUCAAUGAAAUCAAGAAGCUCAUGUUGUCGACCUCCCAGUCGCUCAGCGCCGACAAUCGAUUGUCGGAAGUCGAAAAAUCCGUCGAUUCCCUAUUGCAAAGCCAAUUUCUGCCCUGCAAAACCCCCCAGACAGGUGAUAUUAUAUUUCGGACUACAUCCGAAACCUUCUUUAUUCUGGACAACCAGUACUAUGGGGAGAAAUUCAGCGGCAAAAUCUUCAUGCUGGACUUCACAUAUGAGCAGCUGAUAUCUUUGCACGAGCUCUUCAGAGUUCUUCGCCUUGACGACCGUUACUUGACCCGACACGUAGGCCCCAAGACCUCUGCUGACGGUAUCGAAUCGGACAUUUUACUGACAGAACAGUUUCGACUGUGUGCAUAUGCUAUAUCAUGUUGCGCCAUCUCGCACCGAAGCACUCUAUACUCCAACCAAAACACACAGAUGUACAAUGAUCUCGUGUCCGCCACAGUCCAAACAUCGGCAGAUAUGUCGACCAAGGUUGUGGUUGUACAAGACAGUGUUCCUGUUGAGGUGGUGGCUGACAGGCUUUCGCUUGUCAUUGAGCAGAACGACGCUGGACUAUCCAUCACUCUCCCUAAGGACAAAGUACAGAGAAUGCAGUGCAUGCGAGGUCAGCUGCCUGGGAGACUCGCGGAGAUGUUGAACAUCUACGACUCCCGGGGCGAGAAGCAGCUCUAUCGGAUCCUCAAUGAGCUCGAGUCCGGCACAGACGACAUUCUGCUCCAAGAAGAUAUUUCGCGUGUGUCGUGGCUUCCCGAGACUUGCCGUCCCAACCCUACGCCACCAGCUGAAGAACUAGAGGGUACAUUUCAACCACAAUCGGCGCAUAUCUUCCAUGGACAGCCUGAAGGCGUCCAGAUAUCUCUGGUGAAGUUAGAGGAAGUUGAAAGUCCCACACGAGCCAUGGGUUCAAUCGCGGCCAAUAGUUAUCCAGACCGGCCUUCACCACUAUUCAGAGCCCUUCCAGCAGCCAAGCCUACCCAUGCCACAGAGGCACAUCUGUAUUGGCUAGUACUCGAGCACGUCCCUAGGCAGGCCUCUUCUUUCAGGCACGUGGAUGGUAAUGAUACAGAUCCCACGUUUUCGAGAAUCACCAAGACUCUCGCAACGUUGAGCCUCGAAGUCAACACGAUUGACCCUGCCAAGUACCCGGAGCUGUUUGGAGGUGACUUUUCGCUCAGCAAGUUCAGAGUGGGCGCCGCCGGGGAGCUAUUUGUCUAUGAGAUCCUUGGAGCUCUGUUACCAGGAACACUUGGACUCGACAACUGGCAGAGCAAGAUUCGACACCUAGUCCGGGCACAUAAGCAAUACGAGCACGUCACGAGAUGGACGCAACGAGAGACGGCGGACAUGAUGUAUUCGGACCAGAAUAACUCGCUCCGCACGUUGUUCCGUACAAGACCGCUUGGAGAUGUGUUUCCUGACUGGGCUCCUGAUUGGCUUGCAGCGGACGACGAGAACCCGCCACUCGAGUGGCUUUUCGAAGUCAAGACGUCGCUCGGACCAUGCGAGACGGAAUUCUACAUGAGUCCGCAUCAACACGACUUGAUGCGCAACCUCGGCGACACAAAACACAACGCUCCUCGCCGCCAAGUAUAUUGCAUCGUGCGCGUUUAUAACCUCCUCUCCAACCAGAUCGGCAUCAGCUUCUUCAUCGACCCCUGGCGGUUCCGCGAGGGGCGGCUGGAGUUUGACACGACGGACAAGUGGAAGGUCACGGCAUCGCGCGCGAAGUAUUGGUAG